UCAACUCGAACCCUACAGAAGUUUAAUUUCGUGACCGAGAUUCGCAGCUUUCUAAAGUCAAAUAUUUGAUUUAAACUAAAACGUCGAAUUAUUUAUCUAUUUGUUUAUUUAGACUGUACUGCUAAUCGACAAGCAAAUACUGGUGGAGGUGGUGCCACAAACUUUUUAUCUGGAGCUGCACUUGGUGCUUUAGGUGGUUAUGUUUUUGGUACUAGAAAUCGACGGCCUAAUAAUCAAUAUAUGCCUGGUACAGCAAACACUGGUUGGUUUGGUACUGGAACAACAACAACAACAGAUACACAUCACUCUAGCCCAUCGUCAUCAUCAAAUGAUACUCAUACUAGCACUGGUUAUGGUGGUACUACUCGUCGAUAA